AUGAAUCAAUCUUUGUCGGGUCAAUUGAGUGUAGAGUGUAAAGUCGGCAGUUAUUUUUUUUUUCUAUUUAUUUAUUUUUUUUCAUCAACCAUUUCUCAUUUUUAAAUUGGAAAUUUCGAUGAUCGACGAAAAUGAAUGAAAACGGAUUAAUUUGAGUUGCAGCGGUCGAUGUAGAAACAGCAGUGGGAUUUAGGAAAAGGCGAGCGUUACGAUUAUUAAAUAUUUCAAUUGCGCAAUAUCAAGGGGAAGACGAUAAUAUUUUAAGAGAGAUUGCUGGAAAUAAUCCACGACAGCCAGUAAGAGGAGCGACGUUUCAAACGAAACUUCCCGAGACCCAGUUUCGCGUUUCCGGGAAGAAUGGUAAUGGACAGGGAAGAGGACGGACAAAGCGGACGACGGGAAGAAGGAACCGCUGCGCUAAGAAUACGUACAGCAUCCGGGAUACUUCUUAUUGGAACAAAGGAGCGGAAUAGAAUUUUCCAGGCAGCGUCGUCUGCUAACUGCAAAUGUACAAGCGACUUUGGCAAUCGACGAGCGGUUUCGCGAAACUUUCAUGUUCGUUUCGGUGUUUUCCGUUUUCUCGUUUCAUUUCGAUCGUUCGGCAUUGAUCGUCUCGAUGAUUUUUCUGGCCAAUCGGUAUUACAUGCCUUUAUUUUACGUGCGAUGUGCUCAUGUAAAAGACGAUAAACUCUCUGCAACAUCAUUCAACUUGAAAGUUACAUAUUUAUAUAUUACUUUAUUAAAUACAUCGAUGCAAAGUCAUUAAAUGAACGAUUUACGACCGAUUGCUAGUUCAUUAGAUUUUUUCGACUGAAGUCAAUACAACUAACGUUUUAUAAUAAAAAUUUCGUUACGACAGGACUCUGUGAAUUUAAAAAUAUAUAUAGUUAUCCCAAUAUCGGCGGUACAAGGAGGGGAUGAUUCAACGUGAAAAAACACGCUAAAAAUAAAGAAUGAAAAUUUUUUUGUAAGAUUCUCCGAUAUUGCAGGAAAUUUGA